CAGAAUUUUUUUUUUUUUUUUUUUUUUAUUUCAUAUUCCCUUUUUUUUUUUUUACUUUUUAACAAAUAAAAAAAAAAAAAAAAAAAUAGAAUGGCACCACUCUCUUUAAAAGUCAAGGGAAACAAGACAUUUUCCAGUCUUUCCAGUUUAAAUUCGGAAGAUGAAUUAUCACAAGCAUGGCGUAUCUGUACUAAAGUCAAGGACUCGUUAGAAAAUGGGUCAAGGCUCGAGAACCUCUCUUGGCGACUCUGGUUUCGACAACAUGCAAGUCACCAAGAAAAAAAAAAGAGAGCCUUUAAAAAGUUACCCAUGACCAUCACACGACAGUUGAAUACACUGUCUAAAAUAGAACCCCUUUAUAAACCACCACCACCAUGUUUGAAAAUGGAAGAAAAAGAACAACAACCUUACAUGGAACAAUUACUACUCGACCAACCUCUUUUAGACUGUUUCUUACCACCACCACCUCAACAACCACCACCACAACAACAACAACAACAAAACGAGGCAACAGACUAUAGUUUUAACACCCAUGCCGAGGACAACAUGGUUGCUUUGGACGAUAUCUUUAGUGCCUUCAACAAUGGGUUUCAAUUACCUAAUAAUAAUAAUAAUAAUAAUAAUUCAACCACAACCGAUAUGGGGAUGGCAGAUGGCUGGGAUUUUGGCUAUCCUUCACCUACCAACCCUUAUUACUCACCUACCCAAACACCCGCUAGUCCCAAUACGACUCAUUUACUCGGCUAUGAAACGAUGAAUGAGAAUGAUGCCAUGUAUGUGUCGAACACCAGUAUGCCACCACCCCCUGUUGCUACGUUACGAAACAAAUUACUGGAAAAUCAACAGAUACGGUUUAACAACAAGACACCUCCCAUGUCUACCUCCACAAGUGCUAGUACCGCAGCCAGUGCUCAUUCCAUGGCGGUGAACGAGUAUUCAGAGUCAAUUUAUUCCGCACCCAAUUCUCCACCGCCUUUUCCCGCCAUUUACGAAACGACAACAACGACGGGAACUAAAUUAAGAAAAUCCGCCAUGAUGGUGACAUCGCCUUCAAGUCCAUCCGCAGCACCAACAGUAGUAGCAGGCGUGGCGAGUGCGAGUGAUGGACAGUCCCCACGACCUGUGUGUACCAAUUGCAGUGCAACCACUACACCCCUUUGGCGAAGAUCAGCUCAAGAUGAAUUACUGUGUAAUGCCUGUGGCCUAUACCAAAAAUUACAUAAUGCACCGAGACCCAAGACAUUAAAACCUCAUAAUGCACGAAAAGAAGCGAAAGAUGAUGAAGCCUCACAGUUGGUCUGUUCCAAUUGCUCCACUACAACUACACCUCUCUGGCGGCGUGAUGAUGAAGGUGCACCACUGUGUAACGCAUGUGGACUCUAUUUAAAAUUACAUCAUGAAAAGAGACCGUUAUCGAUGAAGACAGAUGUGAUCAAGAAACGACAACGGUAUGAGAGUAGUAGUACGAAUACAACGGGGGGGAAUCGAAAGCAGAAUAAUGGAAAGAAGAGUAAGAGUGAAGCCAGUGCGCCACCUUCACCCAAUGGUAUGGAAACAUUAUUUACGUUUCCGUUUAAUGAACAAGAGCCACAACAACAUUAUGGUUUCUCGGAUGAUUUAUUACCCAACUUUUAUUAAUUUUAUGAAGAAAGAGGUUUCACGACUUUUCUAAAUAAAUCCCUUUCGAUCCUUUUCUUGUACUGAUCCAACGUUUGUUCGAAAUCCAUGACGGUUAAAGCAGGUUCAUGAGAUAUCCAGAACUGAUUGAAAUGAUAGAAUAAAUAACAAUAAAACUCAUGAUAGGAUGUGUACUCGAAUAAGAACAUUUGGAGUUGUUUACGCUCUAAUAAUUGAU